GAUGUAAACACGUCUCAAGGGUCACCCGAAACACUCAAGAGCGGGACCCCCUCCGUCCCUUUCGACCUGUUUGUUUGCCUGUCUUGCCGUCGCGUUCACACAUCACGCUGUCACCAUCCGGAGUACACCCACCUCUCCCAUCCCCCCUCUUCGCAUUACCCCCACGCACACGCAAAACAUGGUGUCAGGACGCCAUCGUGCAGCCAACGGACGUGCUGCAUCCUCUGACGAAGAAAACGACGAUUACAAAAUCAAUGACGAUGUGGAGACGGGCCCACGCGUGCCGCCGAAAUGGCGGUUCCGCGACGCGAUUGCUGCAACCAUGGACAUGCAGGAUGUGAACCGGCUGAAGGUGCAGCUGAAAGAGGGAAUUGACAGGAACGAGCUGGAGGGGUAUCGUAUGAGCGAGGAUGCGAUCAAGAAACUCAAGAACAAGAAGGUCCAGGCGUUUUAUCGCGAGCAGAACGAGAAGCUUAAUGAUUGGCUUGAGGUUGAUGCGCUGGUCAUGGCUAUGGCGGACGAUGUCCUCGACUCGAUGAACCCGCGUGAUAUGGACCACGAUGGUGUUGCGGAGAGCGGAGGCGCGCUGCAAGCGACGUCGGAAUCGAUCGAGCCAUUGCUGCCGGAAGAUGAGCGUGCGGCUAGGCGCAAGGCGCGGCGGAACGCGAAGUGGGCGAUCAAUAUCAACGUGGUCGCGAAUAUCUUGCUGCUGUUAGCCAAGUGCAUUGCGGCGUUCUUCUCGUCGUCACUCUCACUUAUUGCGUCCCUGGUGGAUUCAGCCCUCGACCUGCUCUGCACUAUCAUCGUGUGGACAACGAACAAGCUUGUCAAGUGGCGGCUGCAUCGUCUCAAAGCCAAGUUUCCCGUCGGCCGCAAGCGGCUCGAGCCAAUUGGGAUUUUGGUAUUCUCUAUUAUCAUGAUUGUCUCGUUCAUCCAGAUCCUGCAAGAGUCGAUUGAGAAGCUCGCCGCCAGCGGAGACAAGGUCCCGGUGCAGCUGCCAGCGAUCGCGAUUGGAGCCAUGGCGGCGACAGUGGGCGUGAAGGGGCUGAUCUGGUUUGGGUGCAUCCCGAUCAAGACGACGCAAGUGCAGGCGCUCGCUCAAGACUGCAAAACCGACGUAGUCUUCAACACGCUCUCGCUCCUCUUCCCCGUAAUCGGGUACAAAGCGAACCUAUGGUGGUUCGACCCCGUAGGCGCAGCGAUCCUCUCACUAUUCAUCAUCUACGACUGGGCGGACACAUGCCUGCAGAACGUGACGCGGCUGACCGGGUCGGCGGCCUCGGAGCGCGUGCACCGCAAGCUGCUGUACCUGGCGUGGCGGUUCAGCCCCGUGGUCGUGGGCUACAAGAGCGUGACGGCGUACCAUGCGGGCGACGGCAUCUGGGUCGAGAUGGACGUGCUGUUGGAUGAGAAGACGCCGUUGAGGCGUGCGCAUGAUGUCGCUGAGACGCUGCAGUAUUGUUGUGAGGGCCUGGGGGAGGUGGAUAGGGCGUUUGUUACCAUGGAUUAUGCCUCCCAAGGCCCAACCGGCCACGCAAGCGAGCUGGGUUAAGCCGGAUUAAGCUUAUUAUGCUAUAAAGCUGCUUGAGCGACGGCGCGGAGAUGAACGGGCAUGAUUGGAUGAGAGACGAAGGAAUGAACGAGCGAACGAACGAAAGGAAGAAUGAAUGAAUGAUGGAAAGAAGCAGAGCAGAGACACUCGUCUAUCGUCUGGCAUCUGUCGCCUCCGUCUGGUUUUAAAGAGAAGAAGAAGAAGUAGAGUAGUGGAAGAAGAGCGGCUGCCUGUAUACAUAUAAACGUAGAGCGCGCUAAUAAUGUCUGAUCUCGUCUCUGGAUGUAUGUUUGUUGUGUUAUUUUGUGUUAUUGGCGCA